AUGCAGCCCCAGGGAUUUGCUUUGCAAAUACAGUGUUACCAGUGUGAGGAAUUUCAGCUAAAUAAUGACUGUUCAUCACCUGAAUUUAUUGUGAAUUGCACUGUGAACGUUCAGGACAUGUGUCAGAAGGAAGUAAUGGAACAAAGUACAGGGAUCCUGUAUCGCAAGUCCUGUGCAUCCUCUGCCGCCUGCCUCACAACCUCUGCCGGAUACCAGACUUUCUGUACUCCAGGGAAAAUAAACUCUGUUUGUAUCAGCUGCUGCAAUACUCCACUCUGCAAUGGGCCCCGGCCAAAGAAGCGGAGAAAUGUUGGCACCAUGCCCAGAGCUGGCGUAUUAACCACCAUGCUGCUCCCUGGCUUGGCACUUCUCUCGCCAGUUCAUUGCUAAACUCAGAUGGAAGGUUUCUUUGU